AUGGCCGUGCUACCCAUUACUAUCCAUCCGCUUCAGCCUCCUCCGGGAUCAAGCAUUGAUUUCGGUGCUGAGAUUCGCGGUGGUGAUUUGGAAAAUCUGACUGAGGAGCAAUUUGCUAUUAUUCGGAAAGCCCUCUACGAGCACCACGUUGUGGUGUUCAAGCACCAGAAAGGGCUAUCACCUAAAGCCCAGUAUGAACUGACCAAACGUUUCGAUCCAGCCUCCGAUAACUACGGACAUGGCAAGACCAUCGAUGCGAAGCGAAGCAUUCUCCAUCCUGAUCUCAAGACUGUCCCUCAUCAGCCACAAGUGCAGGUGAUUGGAAAUGGACAUGUUGAUUCGUACGAGGGUCUCAAAGAUAUAACAUUGCGACACCCUCACCACCGGACAUUCCACCAGGAUCAUAUCCCGGACGAGAAGGACUAUGAAUUCACGCGGUUUUAUCGCUGGCACAUCGAUGCUGCACUUUACGACCUAUACCCGCCCCAGGUGACAACGCUUAUGGCUGUGAGUGUGCCUAAAGGCCGCCGGCAGACAUUAUUGUAUGAUGAUGGAACCGAAGAAACAAUGGAUGUACCACUUGGCACAACGGCGUUUGUGAGUGGCGAGCGGAUGUUUGAACUUCUUUCGCCCGAGGAUAAGGAGUUCGUGAAGACGAGCAAAAUGGAAUAUGCUCCUCAUCCUUACAUCUGGAUGAGCCAAGCCCAUUCCCGUUCCACUGGGCUCGGUAUUCACUCAGAAGGCCUUGAGUUGCCCGACUCAGAACUGCCACCUAUCGACCCUAGCAAGAUCAUGGUAUUCCCGAUGACCUGGAAAAACCCAGUGACGGGCAAAUUGGCUCUGCAGAUCCAUCCCUCUGCCGUGCGCCGGAUCCAUUGCGCCGAUGGAACCACGAUCGACGACUUGGCCCGUGUACGGGAUAUUGUCUAUAAGUUGCAGCGGCCGGCUAUCAGCCCUGAGUAUGUAUAUCCGCAUGACUGGGAGGAUGACGACUUGGUGUUAUUCAACAACCGCGGCGUUCUGCAUUCCGUGGUUGGUGCGUUCAAACCUGACGAGGUGCGAUUGUUCCGUCAAUGUAACUUGGCGGCGUCGGAGCCUCCGGUUGGAGCUUGA